AUGUCAAAUUCCAAUUCAAAAAAACCUGUUGCGAAUUACGCAUACCGUCAACAGCAAGAUUAUAAUGGGAUGAACGCCAUGGUGGGAAAUCCAAUGAUGUAUCAUCCUGUUGAUUUCGUAAACGGUGCCGGCCAAUAUGGUCCUUCUCAACACCCAGCAUAUUACACCAACUCACCAUUACCUAAUAUUCCACCAACACCUUUUGAUACUGCAUACGGUGCCAGUCUUUUUCCAUCUCACCUAUUGAUGGGAUCUCCAUUUGUUUCCUCGCCUAACAUGCAAAGUGGCUAUAAUUCUGCAAGAUCAUCUAAUCUCAAAAGAAAGGCUUAUUCGAGGCCCGUUUCUAAUCAUAACGGUUACAACGGAAACAGUAACAGUAACCAAAACAAUACUAAUAACGGAAUGGUAACACCCUCGAACUAUUAUAGAAUGGGGAGAAAUUCUUUCUCGAGGAACAACAACAGUACGAGGAAUGUUACUCACAACAACAAUAAGGGGUGCGACACCCGGAACAACAGUGGAAGAAGAACAUUCGCAAGGAAUAACAUUUUCGACGACAUACUUCCAGAAAUGCUUUUACAAAGACCCUUUUGUAUUAAUUACAAGGUUCUACCGACUGGUGAUGAUGCUUAUAGAACUAGGUCGCUGCUUAUUGAAAAUGUGGAUCAUUCUAUUGAUUUACACUCUAUAGUCAAAAAUUUUGUCAAAUCCAAUACUCUGGAAAGUGCCUACUUAAUUGAAGGAGGGAAGAGCGAUGAUUCAAAAGAUGUAGAGACUAAAAAUCUAUCCAUUCUAAUAAGCUUUCUAACCAAAGGCGACUGUUUGAACUUUUACAAUAACAUUUUACAAAGGUUAUCUGAAUUCAAAACAUUUUUGAAAUCUGAAGCACUAAAUCUGAAAUUUGUUUGUCUAAACUAUGAUCCCAAAUGCCUCCCUACCUUUAUUGAGAGUGAAGCGUUAACAGAAAACGCUGAAGAAGCCGACAUUACCAAUGGUUCAACAAUGAUCAGUGCUUCGCUGCAUCAUAAUAUAGCGAACAAAGAUGCUACAAGGUCGAUUAUAAUUGAAUUCAAAAGCCCCGUGGAGAAAAGCGAUUUAUUCAAAAAGAAAUUACAAUUUUUGGACAGGUCAAAAAACAAAAGAUACAUUUUGGAAUCUAUCGAUUUAGUGAACACAGAUGUACCUUCCAAUCAAUUUCCUGAAAAUUACGCCGUUUUAACCUUUUUGAAUAUCUCUAUGGCUAUUGAAGUUCUCGAUUAUUUGAAAAAAUACUCCAAAAACUUAGGCAUUUCUAAAUGUUUUUACGUAUCCCUAGCCCCGUUGGUAGUUAGCUCAGCCAGAUCUUCGGUUGCUAAUAUUUACGAGGGUAAAACGAGCACACAUCGUUUAUCGGUGCCUUCUGUUACUGCUGGGAACAAUAACGAUAGCAACAACAACGGAAACAAUAAUAAAAGUAAUAUGAGUGGUAUCACCACACUCAAUAAUAAUAGUAGUAUUGGUGUUUCCGUAUACGGUCACUCUAAUAUGAGUUUAACCAGUCUGUCAUCAUCUGUAUCUUUAAAUGAAGAGAUUGAUAUGCUUGCGACGAAACUUCAAGGGGUAGAACUUGAUGGGACUUAUUUAGAAAUCAACUAUCGCGACUAUCAAACACCAACUAUUGAAGAACACUCUACUCACUUGAGCAAUGUCAAAAUUUCAAAGACAACAGAAAACUCUAGGCAAUUUUCUCAAGAUAUCCCAUCACCUUUGCCAUUAAAUGAACAUAUGUUUAUGAAUGAUUCUAAUCAGUCCAAUGGAGCGAUAAUACCUCAACAGUUAAUAGCCACACCUUCUCCGGUAUCCCCCAAUUUGCAAAUGAAUCAAAGGGUGUUGCCGAAUCCAAUAACUCAAAGUUUGGAGCAAAAUUUCAACGUUUCGGCCAAAGUGGCAUCAUCCAUGGGUUCAGACAUAGGCAAUAGAACAAUUUAUAUAGGAAACAUUAAUCCAAGAUCAAAGGCGGAGGAUAUCUGUAAUGUCGUGCGUGGAGGAAUCCUUCAGAGCAUUAAGUACAUACCGGAGAAGAAGAUAUGCUUUGUUACUUUCAUCGAAGCUCCAUCCGCUGUACAGUUCUAUGCAAAUUCAUUUAUUGAUCCAAUAGUGUUACAUGGGAAUAUGUUGAGAGUUGGAUGGGGGCAUUAUUCUGGUCCAUUACCGAAAUUAAUCUCGUUGGCUGUUACGAUCGGGGCAAGUAGGAAUGUCUACGUAAGCCUACCAGAGUUUGCAUUUAAGGAAAAGUUUAUUCACGACCCUCAGUACAAAAAAUUGCAUGAAACACUAUCUUUACCAGAUGCGGAACAACUAAGAGAGGACUUUAGUACCUAUGGUGAUAUUGAGCAGAUUAACUAUUUGAGUGAUAGCCAUUGCUGUUGGAUAAAUUUCAUGAAUAUAUCUUCUGCGAUUAGUCUUGUUGAAGAAAUGAAUAAGGAAUCCACAGUACAAAAUGAAUCCGGUGAAGUGACGCUUAAAAGGGCGACUGAGGAAAAAUUCGGUGGCCGUUAUAAGGGCCUUCUGAUAAACUACGGCAAAGAUCGUUGUGGCAAUAUAAACAAAAAUUUGAUAGCAGGUAAAAAUUCAAGAUUCUAUAAGAAAGUUAAAAGACCGAGCUAUAAUAUACGUUUGAGUAAGUUGGAAGAAAAGAGGAGGCAGAAUGAAAUCGAUGAAAAGGAAAAGGCUUUUGAUAAACCCUUGAACUUGGAAUCCCUAGGAAUUAGUCUGGACGCACAUAAGGACAACGGCGGUGGUGAAACAGGAACUGCAAAUAAUACUGGGCAUGAAAAUGAAAGUGAACUAGAGGCUGAAAAUGAAAACGGUAAUGAGACUGGAAGUUUCGGUGGACUGGGUCUCGCUGUGGCGAGCUCUGACGUCAAACGUGCGACAUCGGAUGAAACUGAUUAUGAAGAUAUAUUUAACAAGUCAUCGGGAUCUUCCGACUCGUCAUCAGACGUCGAGGUCAUUAUGCACUCCCCGAGCGAUCCUGAAUACGCUUUAAAAUCACAAACUCUAAGAAGCUCGAGUCAGACCGUCAUUAAUAGUAAGAGACCAGUAAAGAUAGAAGACGAGGAAGAAGCCGUAGGAAUGUCACAGCUCAAUUAUAGGUCGUCAUUAAGACAAGCUCCUCCAAGAGCUCCCUCAACUUUGUCAUAUAAUCACUCGAAGAACAACGAAACGCCAAUGCAAGAUAUUUUCACAAAUGGCGAAACAGCAAAUAACAGAAAGAAGAAGAGAGGAUCUUUUGCAAGGCAUAGAACGAUACCAGGAUCUGACGUCAUGGCCCAAUACCUUGCACAAGUGCAACAUUCGACAUUUAUGUAUGCAGCCAAUAUUUUGGGCGCCUCUGCGGAAGACAACACGCAUCCUGACGAGUAG